CAGAGCAGCCAGGGGUGCCCAGGGCUGUCCUGCAGAGCAGGGUCCUGCAGCCCAGGGCGCUGUGCUGGGCCAGGGACUCUGCUGCCUGCCAGGGACAGCUCUCAGCCGGCCCGGGGAGCUGCUGCCAGCGCUGGCCAGAAGCUGUGGGGGGAAGGAGCCACCCUGAGCAGGGCAGGUGCUGCUGCUGAGAGCUGCUGGCUGGGGCAGGGCUGCUCCCAGCUCCAGACCAGCCUGGGCACAGCUCCGGAGGACACUUCCCAAAGAAGGUAAGCCUGGGAUUGCUGUACAGAUCAGGAGCUUUCCUGAGAGUGUUUUCAAUUUCCUGUUUGGAAUAGGAUGAGACAAAAAGAUUUUUGCUUUUUAUACAAUUUUCAUGUAUUCAUAGCUCUGUAGACUACUAUUAUAUUGUUAUAAAAUUAUAAUCCUUACUUAACUCUAUUAAACUCUUAAUUAGCUCUAUUAAACUAUGAUUAUAUACUUAUUUAACUCUAAUCCUUAAUUAACUCUAGUACAUUUCCUAACCUUUCUCUUAGAUUGUAUAACAAUAAGCAGGUUGUCUAUAUCCAUUUUUAAAAUACUAUAUAGUCUUAUUAUCAGGAAGAGGACCAACAAGAAGAACAUUUUGGUUUUUGACCAGAAUGUGAGCAGUCAUAACUAAAUGUGGGGCAAAGAAGCUCUUGGACCUACACCAAUGGGUUGAGUUAGGGGUGUGUAACUGGGACAACUGAUUCUCCUAUUCAGUGUUCCUGUUAAAUAUCCUAAUUAAUCAACCCUUAUAAAUUGUUGAAAUCAGGAGCCGAUUGUGCCUCAUCCCCACUGGGACACCUUGAAGCUUCCAAUAAAGGUUUGCUUUUUACUUUACUGUUCGAACUCUGUUGCAAGGGCUUUUGUUUUUUUUUUUUUUUUCUCUUUUGAUCAUAGACAACAGGGGGAUGAGAGAAGCAGAAGAGGAAUUGUAAUCCCAGAAUGACAGAACAUUCUGAGUUGAAAGGAACACACAGGAUCAUCAAAGAAAUGUUUGAACAUUUACAGAGACUCCAGAACUGUGACUUUGGGUGGUCAGUCUCUCUGCUGGCAGCCUCCCAAAGGGCCUUCAGCCACUGCUCAGCCCUGGACAGCAGCAGCAUCACCUUGGCAGGGCCCAGCAGGGCUCUCCUGAGCUGCCCUUGCCCAGCUGCACACAGACCCUGCCCCAGCCAGGGCCCUGCACACAGGUGCCCAUGUGCAGCCACAGCAAAUGUCCAACAGCAGCUCCAUCAGCCACUUCCUCCUGCUGGCACUGGCAGAGACGCGGCAGCUGCAGCUCCUGCACUUCUGCCUCUUGCUGGGCAUCUCCCUGGCUGCCCUCCUGGGCAACGGCCUCAUCAUCAGCGCCGGAGCCUGCGGCCACCACCUGCACACGCCCAUGUUCUUCUUCCUGCUCAACCUGGCCCUCAGCGACCUGGGCUCCAUCUGCACCACUGUCCCCAAAGCCAUGCACAAUUCCCUCUGGGACACCAGCACCAUCUCCUACACUGGAUGUGCUGCUCAGCUCUUUUUAUUUCUAUUCUUCAUCUCAUCAGAGUUUUAUCUCCUGACCAUCAUGUGCUACGACCGCUACGUGUCCAUCUGCAAACCCCUGCACUACGAGACCCUCCUGGGCAGCAGAGCUUGUGCCCACAUGGCAGCAGCUGCCUGGGCCAGUGCCUUUCUCAAUGCUCUCAUGCUCACAGCCAAUACAUUUUCCCUGCCCCUGUGCCAUGGCAAUACCCUGGGCCAGUUCUUCUGUGACCUGCCCCAGAUUCUCAGGCUUUCCUGCCCCAAAUCCCACCUCAGGGAACUUGGGCUCAUUGUGCUCUCCAUCUGUUUAGCACUUGGCUGUUUUGUGUUCAUUGUUUUCUCCUAUGUGCAGAUCUUCAGGGCUGUGCUGAGGAUCCCCUCUGAGCAGGGACGGCACAAAGCCUUUUCCACCUGCCUCCCUCACCUGGCCGUCGUCUCUCUGUUCUUAAGCACUGGCGUAUUUGCUCACCUGAAGCCCCCGUCCAUGUCCUCCCCAUCCCUGGAUCUGGCCCUGUCAGUUCUCUACUCAGUGGUGCCUCCAGCCCUGAACCCCCUCAUCUACAGCCUGAGGAACCAGGAGCUCAAGACUGCAGUGUGGAGACUGAUCACUUGGCAAUUUCACAAACAUUAA